AUGCCUGUGUCUCCUCUCCCGACAGCGAUUUUGGCUCACUUGAUAGCCAUUAAAAAUGUGCCUCUUCCUCCACCUCGCAGCAUACCAAGAUUGAAAAUGUCUCAGCACAUUAAUUAUGCUGCAUUGAGUGUAUUAUGCCACAUUAGAGGACUACACAGAAGGGAUUCUUGCUCUAUUCAAUCAGCUCAUGAUACAUUUAUGAAGCAAUAUCCUAAAAUAUUCCUGCACGAGAAACCAAGGCGGCAUAAAAUUUUACAGGAAGAGAGAGAGAGAGAGAAAGAGGGAGGGAGGGAAGAUACAAAAGAAACAAAAGUUCUACCAGAUGAUUCCCACGAUAUAGCUAUCCAUGUUAAGAAAGCACGUGGCGGCUACAGUUUUUAUCGAAAAGAUGAUGAUACCACAGAAAAUUUAACAGAAUUUAUGGCUAUUGUAAAGAAAUUGCCCAUUUGCAGAACAACCCAUGAACACAAUAUUGUAUGGAAAAUUCUGAGUAAAAUCCCAGAACUAACCUCUCAGCUCAGUGAUGAGCAUCUAAAAAUGUUAAGUAAGAAUGUCUUUUCUGAAACCUGGGUCCAAGGCAGCACAGUGGUUGGAAAUGAUGGAUUGUAUAUUAUACUAAAAGGCCUAGCUCGACCUCAUACAAAGUUAUCUAGAAGUCCUGUUGAUAAUGACUCAGUCACCUCUUCAGUACACAGAGGCAGUGUUGUUUUUGAUGUAGAAUUGACAGAUUUUAGACGUAGUGAUGUCUACAUUCCUGCACAAGAGUCCAUGCUGACACAGUGGAGUACAUUUGGAUCCCUGGAAGUCACUUCUGAAUCUGAGUUAGGUAUGCCUCCACGCUCCAUUUUUACAGAAGAGGAUUGUGAAAUUCUUAAAAUUCCUGCAAAGGAAUACACAAAGUUAAAACUGGAAAAAGUAAAACUUGAAAAUAUACAAAAGUUCAAAUUAUUCCGCAAGUGCCGCUAUUAUGAAGAGUGGCCUACUUUGUCUAUACAGGAGCUAAUUCCAAUCUGUAAAUGGAAAAAAUUCCCUGCAGGUCAUGUAUUAGUGGAGACUGGAAACAUCAUUUCAUUUGUGGGUUUUAUUAAUUCUGGAUACUGUAAAAUUUAUAGAAAUAUCAUGGGACUUAUUAGACUACCAUUAAACAAAGUGAAAAAAGUUAAAAAACUUGUUUAUAUGGGAAGACUUAAGGAGAAGGAGUCGUUUGGGGAGAUUAGUGUUCUUCUUCAAGUUCCAUUCACAUGCACAAUUAUUACUGGAACAGAGGUUGAGAUGGCAAUUAUUGAAGAUAAGGACUUGUUUGGUAAAUGAUUAGAUGAAGUGACCAAACAGCUUAUGAUUUUUACAACAAAACCAACUUUUGGCCAUCUGACAGAUGAGGAUGUAAAACAGGAAUACAUAGCAAAGUCACAACAAAAGGAAUGGAAUAAUUUCAAGGAUAAGACCAUAAAGAAAUUAUUGUUUCACAAUGGAAUUAUUCCAGGCUUUGGAAAAUGGACACAUUACUGGACAAGUGUUCCAAGGAACCUGAAAGAUCCUUUAAUAGUUUAUUAA